AGAAAGCCGUGAAACCGUAUUUUUUAAUUGAACACGCCUAGUAGCGCAUGUCAUCAAGAUACAAACUUACAUGGAACGCAUACUUCAGGAACUCCAGCUCAUCCACUGCUCGCUGCUUCCCGCAGAGAUUUUCCUCUUUUUAGAUCAUUGCAACGACUGGAAUGAUGCUCUCCAUUCUUAUGUGUCCUUCGGGUACAGCGAUUCUCUCGAACAGUCAAAUCUCUCUUCGCCGAGUUUGCAUGUCGGGUUGGAAAAUUACAAUGUUUGGUUCGAGGUUACUUUAUCACUUGUACAACAUAAACCCCUCGUUGCAGUGAAAGGGGAAGAUAUUUCGAGGGAUGAACAAGAGAAAUGGCAGCGGAUUGUGAAAGAGAAGUUUGAAGAUAUCGGAGACUCUGAAUAUCCAAUCUACCAACUAUUCUCUCUUCAUCUUCUUCCUAUGUUGCAUGAGGAAGCCGACAAUAUCCAUGCUAACCGUGAAACUAAACUUUUGGAACCAACAUCUGCACACGGAGAUGUUCUAUCAUUGCGAAGUUCCCAUUCUAGUUCUUCCAAAGUCAUGUAUCACGCCCUAUUCAUUUCCCAUCACCUCAUUUCACCAACUAAGCGACGAAACCUUCAGCAAUGGUCUAUGUCUCUCUCUAUUUCCGGAUUUGCAAAGGUUGGUUAUCCAGGUGUUAUAUAUGCCGAGGGUAUGCAAGAAAACAUCGAAGAAUUCGUCGACAAUGUUAAGGCCAUGCAAUGGCUCGCGCUGAGGUUAAGAUUCAGAGAACCUGUCCCGGAAGGGGUAGAUGGUUACAACUCUGCAUCGCGGCGACAAUGGAGAGAAUUUCAAAAGGUCGGGGAUGUGAUGGAGGAGAUGCGGAGGAUUGGGAGGCAGAAGUAUGUCGUGGAGAUGGGUAUAGGGAGUGCCGGAACUUCAAAGGGUAGCAUUUGAGAUAUUUUCCAAUCCUCGACUUUUGACUCUUAGUAUUGUUAUUCACGAGGAGUUUAGUUUUAGCUGGCUAUAGUCAUCUUGUAGUUCACGAAGAGAAUACAUUGGGAAUUGUUACUAUUA